ACCAACAUCGAUCAGCAUACCAUCAGUGUAUCGGGAAUCAAAUAACACGAUGCAACGACCGGCCCUCUGUCAGCGCGAGAUUGGUAGCACUCAAUUUGGCAACAAUACCACUAUCCAUCAAGACAACAACACUUACCACUUGCACCUACCACUACGUCCAGCUCAACCUGUCAUCCAUAUUAUUCCUUAUCCUCGCAAUGAGGAUCUUGUCGGUCGCCCAGAUCUCGUGGAAAAGCUCAAUAUGCUCCUACCGCAAACGUCGCACACAUACUGUAGUGCCGCUCUCUGGGGCCUGGGCGGGUCAGGGAAAACACAAAUUGCACUCAACUAUGCGUAUGAACGGCGCGACAAAGGAAACUGCUCCGUCUUUUGGGUGCAUGCCGACAGCGAGGCAACAUUUUCGCAGGAUUACAAAACAAUAGCGCAGGCGUUCGGGGUCGAUCAGCAACUCAAAGGCGAAGAUUUACUCGCAGCUGUGCGCGAUCAAAUAGAGGCACAACCCGACUGGGUGCUUAUUCUCGACAAUGCCGACGACUUACAAGUAUUUGGCGUUGAUCAAGCACGAGAACGGACAAAAAGCUUAUAUCGAUACAUCCCUCGGGCAUCUGUAGGGACAGUGUUGUGGACCUCUCGUGAUGCGCGCAUAGCGGGAACACUUGUCGGCCCAAGGCGAGGCAUCAAGGUUGCUCGCAUGGAAUCCGAUGAAGCAGAAGAACUCUUGACAAUAGCAAGGGACUUGGAGACGAAUGAAGAGGAAUUAGAGACUGCUGCCUUGCUAGAAGAACUUCAGUGGCUUCCACUAGCCAUCACGCAAGCCGGGGCAUAUAUGAGACGGACAUCGACAUCGGCCAAGGAGUAUUCAUCUCUUCUAGCACAAAGCAAGAGAAGAUGGCAGCUUUUCAAAGAAGAGGAGUUUGACAGGCAUCGAAGAGACGGUGUACCAAACAAUGUCCUUGAGACAUGGAGCAUCUCGAUUGAUCGCCUUAGACAAGAAAGCGAGAUUACGUAUAAUAUUCUUCACGUUCUCGCAUACGUUGCGAACCAAAAUAUCUCACACGAAAUCAUAACGACUAUACUCACGCGCAGCGAUAGCAACCUUGUUCAGCCAGGGAUCUUGGAAGCCGAGGCUACCAAGGCCGUUACACGGCUGAAAGAGUUUUCCUUUCUUGGCAUGCAACGAAUGGAGGAUGGCAGCAGGAGCUAUGAGAUGCAUAAACUCGUUCAAGAGGCCGCACGAUAUGGUCUGAGUCCGUGGAAGCCCAGCGUUUUUUAUAAAGUUCCAUCGAAGAAGGAAGGCCAGGCUUACUUUUCUGGGAUUGCCGUGCAAGUAAUACUUGACCUUUUCCCAAAGUCUGGGCCGGAAACAUGGACGCAAUGCGAGAAAUACUUGGCACAUGCAAUGCAGAUAGGAGACUGGGCAGAUUUGAACGAAAAACAUACCGAGAUAAGUGUACUCUUCCACAGAAUGUCCAAAUUCUUCCUUGACCGUGGGAGGUGGAGAGAGGGAGAACUGGUCAAUAAAAGGGGAUUGGAAUUUGAUCGAAAAACGUGGGGAGAAAAGGAUCCGAACACAAUAAUAAGCAUGGCACAUCUUGCUUUAACCUAUUAUUCGCAAGGUCGGUAUAAAGAGGCAGAGACUCUUCAAGUUCAAAUCCUUGAUCUUCAACGACAAAUCCUCGGAGACACGCAUCUAGCCACAAUACAGAGUAUGGGAAACCUUUCAGAAACAUACUGGGCACAAGGCCGGUAUAAGGAGGCAGAGGCUCUUCAAGUUCAAGUGCUUGAUCUGCGACAGAAGAUUCUUGGAGACAAGCAUCUAGACACAAUACUGAGUAUGGCAACCCUUUCAGAAAUGUACCGGGCACAAGGCCGGUAUAAGGAGGCGGAGGCUCUCCAAGUUCAAGUGCUUGAUCUGCGACAGAAGAUUCUUGGAGAUAAGCAUCCGGAUACAAUAAGCGGUAUGGCAUCCCUUGCAUCGACAUACAGUGCACAAGGCCGUCAUAAAGAGGCAGAAGUCCUUCAAAUCCAAGUACUUGAUCUUCAACAGGAAAUUCUUGGAGAUAAGCAUCCAGAAACAAUAAAAAGUAUGGUGAGUCUUGCAGCAACCUAUUAUGCACAAGGCCGUCAUAAAGAGGCAGAGGUCCUUAAAAUCCAAGUACUUGAUCUUCAACAGGAAAUUCUUGGAGAUAGGCAUCCAGAAACAAUAAAAAGUAUGGUGAGUCUUGCAGUAAUAUACAGUGCACAGGGCCGUUAUAAAGAAGCAGAAGAGAUUGCAGUUGUAGCGCUUGAUCGCCAACGGGAAAUUCUUGGGAAAGAGCACCCAGACACACUUUUGUCCAUGCACAACCUCGCCUGUACCUGGAUAGAACUAGGCCGCCAUAGUAGCGCCCUUACACUAAUAGAAGAGUGUGUGCAAUAUAGACGCUCUGUAUUGUGGCCAGAGCAUCCAUAUACGGUCGAGUCUACCAAGCUUCUCGAACGUUAGAAAUCUGAGCAUCAACCUAUCGAAUCGAACGAGGUUGGCAUUCAGGAUAGGCAAGAGGAAGGGGAAGGGGAGAGCUCUCAGCAAGCGACACUUCCCUACUCCAUCGACUACAACACGCAGACCACGACGGGGGGCGAACCACGCGGGCAGCAGUGCAUUCGCAUGGUCGGUCAGAACAACACUAAUUCUAGAUUGCGUCGUCUUUUUAGAAAGUUUCUAUAGUGCUCUGUACCUAGGCGACGUAUUCUUCAAAUAUAG